AUGCACUGCCUCCCACAGAAGGAGAAGAGGGUGGCUGUAGAAGACAUGAGGGAACAGAGCCAAAUGAGAAAAGACACACCUGAGAUGUCCAACUUGGUCAUCCCAAGACCUGGAUCAAAGGACCACUGUAGGCCUCAUCCUAAAGGGGCAGGAAUAGAUGUGUCCAUUAAUGACUGCUAUGAUGGCUCAUAUGUGGGUAAUCCUCAUGACCUGUACUCGCAGACAGGUAUGGCUUUUAACAGUAGUGGCCCAACUCAGCGAACACCAGUUACCCAUGUUAUGGUUAGCAAGCCAAAAAGGUUACCACCCCCUAGCUUAUCUGAGUUUCUUGAGCCAGAUGAGACCGAUAUUGAUGGUCCAAGGCCAUACAUAUCAGGACAUAACAGACUCUACUAUCAUACAGGAACUUGUCUAGCCGUACGACCACAAGAGAUUGAUGUCGACAGUGAAGGAGAGAAUGAUCCUCAGUGGCUUAGAACAAAAACCCAACUUAUGAUUGAUGAAUUUACGGAUGUGAAUGAGGGAGAGAAAGACUUAAUGAAGAUGUGGAACUUGCAUGUCAUGAAACAUGGAUUUGUUGGAGACUGUCAGAUAUCUCUGGCAUGUUCUAUGUUUGUAGAACUCCACGGUCACGAAGUCUUGAGAAGGAACUUGUAUAGCAAUUUUUUGUUGCAUCUGGCAAACUUGUUUGACUUUGGUUUGAUCAGUGCAUCUGUUGUUUAUAGAACCAUAACUCAACUGCAACGACUAGCAGAUAAGGGAGACUUCAAGCCCCAUCCUAAGUGUUCACCUUCUUAAAAUUAGAGUAGUUUAUCCUUUCAUAAUUUUCACACAACACAUAGUUCUCUAUUCAGAAUCAAUGUGGUUGUGGCAUGAGAGGCCUAGUGUGUAUGUGUGUAUGAUCUGUUGUUUCCAGGAAUGAUUAUUAGGUCAGUGUUUUCUGGAAGUCACACAAGAUUAAAGACACAAUCCAUAAGAAUCAGCAUUCCUCAGAACCAAUCAGUACUGUGUUACCGGUAGCACAGUGGUUUAGUUUUUGUUUUUUUUUUGUGUUGGUUUUUUGUGUAUGUGUGUGUCCAUUUCUUGAACCACUGCUUUAUGGUUGGUUCUUUCCCAUUCUUUAAUCAGAGCCAAUGCCUGAUAUUUAACAAAUAGUUGGUGUAUGUGAAAAACAUCCAACAGCAGAUCUACAUAAGAAGGUGUGUAAUGUAAGUAUAUCUUUCAGUCUUGUGGACAAGACUUGAAGGUGUCCUCUAAAAUAAACUGCCAAAUCUUUGUUAUGAAAGACAAGAGUUUUGUAGUUGUUGACAGUGUCCAUAUUAAUAAGAAUAGGUAGUUAUGGUGCAGUUGUCAUAAGUGUGUUUAGCAAAUCCAUUCCUUUGUCUCAAAAUACUACACUUUAGUUUGCUGAUAGAUGUGUUUGUUUUAGUAUGAUUUAACCAUUAGUCCCUCAUUAUCAAGACAGUAACUUUUCACCUUGUCUUUACAAAUGAUUGUCACUGAAUAUUCUUGUUUCAGUUGUUGUCUUCCUGACCAGUUCUGAAUGAUCAAAAUAUAUUUUAGUCUUGCCAGUGCAGAGGAAGAGACAUAUCUUUUUUCUAUAAACAAACAAAACACAUUGAUGUAUUAGGCCAGCAUCAUUUAAGUUGUGUUUUGUCAGAAGCAUUAAGCAUUUCAGCCACAUGGUAAUUAAUUGGUCACUGAAGAAAUGUUAGUGUACUAGAGUUAAGUUUUAGUGCUUUUUGUGUAGAUUGAGGCUAAUGUCAUUACAUAUGCAUUCAGUGAUACUGAUGGUCUUUUUAUUAAUAUGGUAAGGGUCAAUCUGCUUACCAAUUUCUGUAGUAUAGUGUCAAGUGCUGUAAUUACAGUUUUUAAAGGCUGCCUCCCUCCUUUUUUUGCACUUGGCAAUCAAAAUUUGCUCAUUGUAGGAUAAUGUGUGAAAAUGUCUAAAGAAGAGGAACAUUUGUUUUAAUGCUUGUGAAAAUGUGCUAUGUUAUUUGAAAAUGCAACCUGAGACAGCUGUAUAUGUAUUUUAUUUGUAUCUUAGGAAUUGUAUGUUAUUUUUUGGCCUUUGAAAAAUGUUACAAGUAUCAUAAAUCUCAACACAAACCUGCCAAAGAUGGGAGAGCAUACAAGACCAACUUGGAGGAUUUGUGUAUUUUCAACUUUUAUAAUGUCUGUGAAAUGUUCUGGUGAUGUCAGCUGUCUAUGUACUAGAUCAAAAUAGGGAACUGCCUUACACAAUUAAUCCCAGAAUUUUAAGGUAGAUCACUGAUCAUAUGUGAUAGCUAGCACUUAAUGGGUAAUUUAAAAACAGUGGUUUAUGCUAAGUAUUUAACUGAUCAUGAAAUUUUACGUUCCAUCAAGCUUCUCAGUGGUCAGCUGAAACAAGCAUCUAAUACCAGUAUUAGAUGAUACUGACUACCAUGUUAACACCAGUUGCAAAGAAGACCUACAUACUUGCUUGAUGCCAAAGUGACCACCAUAUCAUAAAAGAUACCAAAUUGACAGACAAGCUAUACAAAAGAUGCCAAAGUAGACACUUUGGUUUAUGGCAGAUAUGUAAUUGGUCAUAAUAUAUUAAUCUAAUAUGUUAACCAGAUGAAACUUUGCAUAUUAAAGUAAGCAUUAACAUAAAUGUUUCAAUUCCAUAAACUAUUGCAUGUUUACCAAAAAAACAUUUAAGUUAAACAUGUUUUGUCAAUUUUAGUUAAAUACUUUUUGUUAGAACAUAAACCGUUGGUAAUAUCAUAUGUAUAAAAAGAGCUCUUUAUUACAUUUUUUUGAAAGCUCUUCACAAAAUCAUUUGUAAGUUUACUGAAAUGGACUGCUAAUCUAGUCCUUGGUUUGUGUCAGAUAUCUAAUUAUCUAGUUAAUGGUGCUGUACUUCUUAACCACAAAGUAGCAGUUCAUAACUGGUUCAUACCAUUUGGUAAUAAACAGCAUUGUGAAACUGAUAAGGUGGUACUUUACUUUGAAAAAGAGCGCUGAUAGGCUUAGGUUGUAUAAUAAAAACUGUUGACCUAGUAGUUCAAACGAUUGCCAGUAUUCAAUUAAUAACCUGUUUGUCAUACUUUUUUGCAUCUCUGGAUAUCCAAGCAAUUUAUUUAUUUAACUGAUCUUCACUAUGUGAAGUUGUUAAAACAAAUAAUCGCUAAUGCCUGUGGAUGUUUGCAUCCUCUUUCAUAUUAUACCAUACUACCAGUUACCAAGACAACUGAAAAAAAAAAAAUCACUGCCAAAGUUGAACUAGUGUUUGGCAACUUCAAUGCCUUAAUUUAAUGCCAGACCGAUUUUGUAAAUUGUUUGUGAAUUGUAUAAAAUGAUUGUGGUUAUUUGUUCAAUGAUUUCAUAAAUUGGACGUUUAGUGCUCUCACAAAUGAGUGUCUGCGUUCUCUCACCCUCCAGCUUGGUGUAUUGUGUAUCUAGAAAAAUAAAAGAUUGUUGAAGCCCUUGUAAAA